GGCCCCGUCGUGGGGGGCGGAGCCCCGGGCCCGGCGCCGCUGUCAACAGCAGCCAACAUGGCGGCGCGGAGGCACCGCACCGCCUCAGCCUGUCUUUGUAGGAGAAGCGCUCCAGCCUGCUGAUCAUCUUUGUGGCCCUCCUCUGGACUUGUUCCAAUGGCUCAAUGUCCUUCUUGUGUUGGGGUUCCAGAGCUGGACAGAGUACUGCAGAACAUGAAAGUGACGAUGAUUCCUAUGAAGUGCUGGAUUUAACAGAAUAUGCACGGCGUCACCACUGGUGGAAUCGUGUGUUUGGCCGGAAUUCAGGACCAAUUGUAGAAAAAUAUUCUGUAGCUACUCAGAUUGUGAUGGGCGGUGUGACUGGCUGGUGUGCGGGAUUUUUGUUCCAGAAAGUCGGAAAGCUUGCAGCAACUGCAGUAGGCGGUGGCUUUCUUCUCCUUCAAAUUGCUAGCCAUAGUGGAUAUGUACAAGUCGACUGGAAGAGAGUUGAAAAAGAUGUAAACAAAGCAAAAAAACAGCUAAAAAAGCGUGCAAAUAAGGCAGCACCUGAAAUCAAUACUCUAAUCGAAGAGUCAACAGAAUUUAUCAAACAGAACAUAGUGGUGUCCAGUGGAUUUGUUGGAGGCUUUUUGCUUGGCCUGGCAUCUUAAGGACCUGAAUCUUCUCUUCCUCCUGAUGACACUCUUCAAAGAACAGUUAUGGUAACAUGCUGUCUCAGACCAGUGUGCAUCACUGGGUCUUCCCAGGCAAGACGAAUGGACUAGCUAGACAGCUUGGAAGCUUUUUCAUUUCAGGCUUUUGCCUCUUGAAGCUUGAUAAAACUAGGAUUUGCUGAAAAACUGUGCAGUGUGCUCAUUAUAGCAUUUCUGAGCAAAGCUGGUUCAUCUUCAUUGUGACUUUUUUAUCCAUGACCUUUCAAGAUCUAGCAUUUUUAAAAAUGUUAUUCUUGGAAUAGAGGUAUGUAACCAUACUGUAAGAAAGCAAGCUCCAUUUCUGUGUUUUCAGUUAAAAGUUGUUUAUUUUAAAAGUAUUUUUCUUCAUGCUGUGAUAGAUAAUAUUGAGGACUACAUAAUGUAUAUGAUACUGUAGAUUCAGCCUGAUGGCUGCCCAUUCCCUUUAGAAGUCAUUGCAAUAAUCUAUUAAUCUGUAAUACCUUUUUACAGAGUAUUAAAUAACAACAAAUCAUGAGCUUAUUAAAGGUGAAAAUUAGAUUUGA